AUGUAUCAACUAGAAGAAGGAAAAUAUGUUGAUAAUCCAUUCCAUGGUACCUCUGGUAUCUCAAUUAAGAAGCCAGGACCCUCCGGUGACGCUCUACAUGAGGUCAAAAGGGGUCAAGAUGUCGACAUGAACCGGUUGCCCAUGGCCUGGGACCCCACUGAUGCGAACGUCCGUCGUUUGUUCGUAUGCCCUUGCGAAGCCCAGUGUUCGACCGGUACCACAGAACGCAAAUUCGCCUCCUGGGACAGGAAAUACGUUAUCGAGCACCUGGCGUUAAAACAUUUGAUUGAGGCGUUACCCGGAACCGGAUAG